AUGGCCCUCUUCCUCACCCUGCUUCUCUUCAUCCUCUCUGGCCUAAUUGGAGUGUCAGCAGACAGUGGGUACCCUCGUUUCUCCGCCAAUGAUACACUUCUACAGCACUUAGUCCUACAUCCAGACCCUGCAGUGGGCACGCUGUAUGUGGGAGCGCGUGAUCGUCUCUUCCAACUGGCCAGCCUGGAAGGGUUGCGUUUGGAGGUUGAGGUACAGACUGGCCCAGUGAGAGAUAGCAAAGAGUGCCUUCCUCCAGUUACUCUGGACAACUGUCCCCAAGCCAAGCAAGUCAGUAACCACAAUAUGCUCCUGUUAGUGGACCCUUACUCUUUACAGCUCAUCACAUGCGGUAGUGCCCAUCAGGGCACCUGCCAGACCCGUAGUCUUGCCUCCAUCAGCCAGGUUCUGUUCUCUGCUGAAAGGCCUGUGGACACACAGUAUGUAGCCGCUAACGAGCCCUCAGUCACCACCGUUGGGCUGGUGGUGCAGCCGAAAGAUGGACUCUCACCUGUUCUGUACGUUGGUCGGGGCUACACCGGUAGUCAGCCACCCAUCUCCACCCGACAGUUAGUUGGUGAAUUCAUCUUCUCUUAUGAGGAGACUGCCAAACUUGCUGUAGCUGGACGCCUGUCUGAAUAUGAUCAUCAUUUCGUGGGAACCUUCGCCAGACAUGGCUUUGUCUAUUUUCUGUUCUACCGGCGUGAUCUGAAAUCCAUCUCACGGGAGUAUCGCACCUAUGUGUCACGAGUUUGUGUAGACGACCAGUCUUACUACUCGUAUGUGGAGGUGCCUUUAGCAUGUCACUCCCGCACCCUUGGAAAAAGAUAUAGCCUUUUGCAGGCAGCACAGGUGGGUGGAGCAGAUGGACAUGACCAGGUCCUGAUGGGGGUGUUCUCUACACCAGUGAGUGCGGCGAACAGUCCCAGUGAGGAGUCUGCACUAUGUAUGUAUGGCCUUGAUGAAGUUGACAGGCACAUGGAUGCUACGCGUGACCUUUGCUACACACAGGAUGGCAUGAGAGAAGGAGUGAAAGUGGCAUACAUUGAGUAUGAAGUGAAAUCCAGCUGUGCCAACCUGCCCGUGAACACACUGAAGGCAUAUCCCUGUGGUUCUGACCAUACUCCUAGCCCAAUGGCAAAUCGGGAUCCAGUGGAAGCUGAGGCAGUAUUGGACAGUCCGUCUGCUCGCCUCACUGCUGUGGCUGUCAGUGUGAGAGAAGGCCACACCAUUGCUUUUCUGGGAGAUUCCAAAGGAAAUCUACAAAAGGUUUACCUGGGCCCAAAUGGUGAGGUAAAUAAAUACUCAACUCUUCCAGUCCAGCCUGGGUCUGCCAUUAACAGUGACCUGCUGUUGGACUCAUCCCAAAGAUACCUGUACAUUAUGACCAGCAAUGCUGUGGAGAAGUGGCCAGUCGCAGAAUGUGAGAAACACACAGACUGUGUUUCCUGUCUGUCUGCGCGAGACCCAUACUGUGGCUGGUGUGUGCUUGAGGGAAAGUGUGGUGUUCGUUCAGACUGUGUUGGAGGAUCAUUACUGAGUCGCUGGUUGUGGAGUUUUGACCAGCAGCAGCAAUGCUUAAGCGUUCAGUCUAUCAGUCAUCACAACCUUAGCCUUGCAGAGCAAAGAAAUAUUGUUCUGGAAGUGCCAGGGUUGCCCAUUUUGUAUGAGGGGGAAGCCUACUCGUGUUUUUUUCAGGAUACUGAGAGCUCAGCCAUCGUCCAGGGCUCAAAGGUCACCUGUUCCACCCCCGAGGCCCAGAAACUUCCGCCAGUACCGCAGGGAAAGGAUUCUGUCUCUGUUGUGUUGUCACUACGUUUUCUAAAUGUCUCUGUCGCCAAACAUGAGUUCACUUUCUACGACUGCUCUCUGGUCCAGCAACUGUCUGCCAGCAUGCCGUGUAGAGGAUGUGUGAGUAGUCGCUGGAGGUGCAACUGGUGUAUUCAUCAGCAUUCCUGUACACACAAGCCCAUGUGUGACAGAGGAGUGAUCAUUUACAACAAGCAUUUCAAGCUUCCCACCUCUGUGUCCCCUGAAGAAAAAGACUUUGAUACAUUUGCACAGACAACAGUGCCAACAACUCCUAUGACUCCACCUCACCCAACUGAGAUUAGACUGACAACCAGAGUAAUCGCCAUGACAACCCCGUCAGUGAACCCUACCUCCGCCCCUGAACCCACUGCUGUUCCCACGACUUUGGUGCCAACCACAGCCCCAGAGAACCACUCCCUCACCACACCGAACCAGACCACAGUACCCCCAUUGGCCUUUACCCUGAUAACAGACACCUAUCACCUCCCAAACAGUACUGAGAAGAGACAGCAGUCGGAUUCACUUUCUACACCCAGCCUAAGUGUAAAUGAAGAGACCGAGCUGCCCCAAGGCGAGACCAGCUUCACAGUGGCAGUAACAGUUGGGGCGGGGCCUGGGAUGGACAUGUCUACUGAAGCUCCACCCACAACCACUGAGAGCAAUAACUUCUCACUGGCCAGACCCGAUUAUGACAGUGCCUCACCUCAGAUUGCUGUUGCGUUUGAUGAUGUUGAUGAUGAUGAUGGUGGGUUUGAGACAGGUGUCCCUGUGUCCUCAGCCACUGCUCCAUCUGGCGAUGGCGAGUCAGGUCAUGACUUGACCCAGUUCCCACAUGACCCAGACAUGGACUAUCAGUCCGACUCUGCAGCUUUUUACCUUCCGGGAGACGAGGGUGCCUUUGUGAGUGGGGGACCCUUCGCCUGUCCAUGUGUGGAAAGUGUACAAGGCUCUGCCCUCCUGCCUGUUAAUGUGGAGAGAAAAAUCACUCUAGUGGGACGCAACCUCCACCUGUACCAGGAUGAAGAGCUGGAGUACGAGUGUGUGCUUGCAGUAGAGGGCAGGGCAGUGGUGGUGGACGCGUUUGUGGAGACAGACGAAUCUCAGCCCGCACUCUUCUUCAUCACAUGCCAACUUCACCAGUAUUCCUAUUCAGCCGCUGUGGAGGAAUACAGGGCAUUAGUAUCAGUUAGAAGAAGAGAGUCUUCCCCAGUGGACACCACACCAGACCUGCACGUGCGACUGUAUAACUGUUCAGUGGGCCGCUCAGACUGCAGUCGCUGUCACACAGCCAGUCCGCAGUACGGCUGUGUGUGGUGUGAGGGAACUCACUCCAGCUGUGUUUACAAGAACUCCUGCACAGACCUCAUCCAAAAAACCUGCCCAGCUCCCCACAUCCGCCUGAUUGAGCCGCUGUCUGGUCCAGUGGAGGGAGGCACCGUGAUCACUGUGUCUGGUUCGAACCUUGGCCAGAGGGCAGAGGAUAUUCAACACUCUGUCACUGUAGCUGGGGUACCUUGCACAGUCCUCCCCAGCAGAUAUGAGGUCUCUUCUAGCAUUGUGUGUGAGACCACAGCCAGUGGAGGUGAACGGAGUGGCCAGGUGUCUGUGAAGGUCACGGGGGGAGGACUUGGACUGUCUGGGCAGCAAUUUAGUUUCCAAGACCCAGUGCUCACAGGGCUGUUUCCUCAGAAGGGGCCAAUGGCAGGAGGCACGACCCUAACCAUUCUGGGUCGGAACCUAAGGACGGGUCAGCUCAGUGAGAUCAGCAUUCUCAUAGGAGGAGUACCAUGCCUCAUUUCCUCUCAGUCACAGGAUGGGCAAAUCAGAUGUAUAACGGGUGCUAGCAAUAGGACAGGGGAACACGGAGUGACUGUGCGUUUUGGUAGAGCUGAGCGCCAUCUACAGAUCCCCCUUUAUCAUUACACCCCAGAUCCCAACAUCACUCAUGCUGCCCCUUCAAAAAGUUUCCACAGCGGUGGACGUGUGAUCCGAGUGUCAGGUGAACAUCUUGAUGUUGUGCAGGAGCCACAAAUCCGUGUGACUCUGAUUCCACAAGAGCCUCGUAUGGACAAGCGGAGGAGGAGGAGGAGGAAGAGUGACAGAUCAGAAGAGAGAGAUCAGCCUCUUAUCAGGCACCGGAGGAUAGUUCCGGAAGCAGAUUGCCCUCUAAACAGCCUGUGUGUUGUGAAACAGUUUGAGGAGCCUUGUACGGUAAACAGUUCCUCGCUGAUCCUGUGUCCAACACCGGCCGUGGGCCAAGAGGCUCAACAUGCUACAGUCAGAGUGGACUUCCUUCUAGACAAUCUCCUUUUCAACUUUGAGACAGUGAGUGGAAGCAGCUUCAGCUAUGAACCAAACCCUGUCCUCCAUCCACUCAACCAGCAGGACCCCAGCAAGCCCUACCGCCACAAACCUGGAAGCAUCAUCUCUGUAGAGGGGGAGAACUUAGACCUGGCUAUCUUUAAGGAGGAAGUGGUGGCUCUGAUUGGACAAGGUGUGUGUGUUGUGAAGACUCUAACUCAUAAUCACCUGUAUUGUGAACCGCCAGCUCAACAACCUUUAGCGACAGUGGCCAAUCAGCGUGAAGGUCCUGAGACACUCCCAGAAUUCACAGUAUGGAUGGGUCGUCUAAACUUCUCUUUGGGCCGAGUGCAGUAUGACUCCCAGAGCCAGUCCACUUUCCCUCUGGAGGCCCAGGUCGGCGUCGGUGUUGGUGCAUCCAUUGUUGCCCUAUUGGUUCUGGUUAUUGUGCUCAUAUACAGGAGGAAGAGCAAACAGGCUUUGAGAGAUUAUAAGAAAGUACAGAUCCAACUGGAAAACCUGGAGACUAGUGUGAGAGAUCGCUGCAAGAAAGAGUUUACAGAUCUUAUGACCGAGAUGAUGGAUAUGUCCAGUGAUCUAGUGGGUUCUGGUAUUCCAUUCCUCGAUUACUGCACAUACGCCGAGAGGAUUUUCUUCCCUGGCCACCGGGAGUCGCCCCUGAGGCGUGAACUGGAUGUGCAAGCGUGUCGCCGGGCAACCGUGGAACAGGGCCUAGUUCAGCUCUCCAACCUACUCAACAGUAAACUCUUCCUCACAAAGUUUAUUCAUACCCUCGAAGGCCAGCGUACCUUUUCACCACGUGACCGUGCCUACGUGGCCUCCCUCCUCACAGUGGCAUUGCACAGCAAAUUGGAAUAUUUCACUGAUAUCCUAAAGACCCUGCUCAGCCAUUUAGUGGAGCAGUACACCACCAAGAACCCCAAACUCAUGCUGAGGAGAACGGAGUCAGUGGUGGAGAAACUGUUGACCAACUGGAUGUCCAUCUGCCUCUACUCAUUCCUCAGGGAUUCGGCGGGCGAGCCCCUGUACAUGCUCUUCAAAGCUAUAAAACACCAGGUUGAUAAAGGUCCUGUGGAUGCAGUCACAGGAAAGGCCAAAUACACACUCAAUGACAACAGACUACUCCGGGAGGAUGUGGAGUAUCGAACGUUGACACUUAAUGUGCUAGUGAAUGGAGUGGGCUGCAAUGUUUCUCAGACAGUGCCUACCAAGGUUCUGGACUGUGACACCAUCACACAGGUGAAGGAGAAGAUUCUGGAGCAGACGUGGAAGGGCACAUCCUUCUCCCAGCGUCCCCAUGCAGACUCUCUCCAUCUGGAGUGGAGGGCAGGAAUGGCUGGUCAUCUGAUUCUGUCCGAUGAGGAUUUAACAUCAGUUGUGCAGGGAUCGUGGAAACGUGUCAACACUCUGCAGCAUUAUAAGGUGCCUGAUGGUGCAACGGUGACACUGGUGCCAUGCCAGUCCAAACAACCUCAUCAUAACAGCCAUGACUACAUAGCCAGAGAGAAGACACCAAUGCUGGAGGAUGGUGAAGAGGGUGGGGUCAGACUUUGGCACCUGGUGAAAGCCAGUGAUGAGACAGAUCUGCCCAAACACAGACGAGGCAGUGUGAGAGAGAGAGAACGCGAGAGAGCCAAGGCUAUACCAGAGAUUUACCUCACACGCUUGCUGUCUAUGAAGGGGACCUUGCAGAAGUUUGUUGAUGACCUCUUCCAGGUGAUUCUUAGCACUACUCGGCCAGUCCCCUUGGCCGUGAAAUAUUUUUUCGAUCUUCUAGAUGAGCAAGCUCUGCUUCACAACAUCACUGACCCUGAUACCAUCCACAUAUGGAAAACCAACAGUCUGCCCCUGAGGUUCUGGAUCAACAUCUUGAAGAACCCACAGUUCGUCUUUGACGUACAAGCCUCUGACAAUGUGGACGCCGUGCUCUCUGUCAUUGCCCAGACCUUCAUGGAUUCUUGUACCAUUGCGGACCACAAACUUGGCAGGGAUUCACCUAUUAACAAGCUGCUGUAUGCUCGAGACAUCCCACGCUACAAACAGAUGGUGGAGAGGUAUUAUGCAGACAUACGACAGACAGUAUCUGCCAGUGACCAAGAAAUGAACUCUGCACUUGCAGAGUUAUCCAGAAACUACUCCAGUGAGAUGAAUAGCCUUGUGGCCUUGCAUGAGUUAUACAAGUAUAUCAACAAGUAUUAUGACCAGAUUAUCACUGCUCUAGAGGAGGAUCCUACAGCUCAGAAGAUGCAGCUGGGUUACAGACUCCAGCAGAUAGCUGCAGCGGUGGAGAAUAAAGUCACAGAUCUUUGA